AUGGGAGAACCACAGAUUCUCCAGCGGUGGAAGAACCAUCUACCACACGACAUCGUACUAAACAUCCUGGCUAGACUACCGGUUAAAUCAGUGACAAGAUUCAGGUGCGUUUGCAAAUUCUGGAACUCCUCAAUUACCACUCCUUAUUUCAUCUCCACUCACCUUAAUAACAGCAAAAGUAAUGAUGAUAAUGAUUAUGUCAUACACAUGCCCACGUGGGAAGAUAGAUGCCACAUAGCAACUUGGGAAGGAAGACCAUUAGCCGAUACGGUUGCUCCUUCUGACACAUUAGUCUGUACGGUUGCUUUGGGUCGCACGUUUGAUAGGAUUUCUGAGGUUAGAAUUCCCUUUGAUUUUGAUUCUGAGUUUGCCCAAAUAGUGGACUCUUUUCAACUCGGAUUUGCCUAUCAUUCCGAGAAUGAUGACUACAAGGUUGUCAGGAUUUCACAUUCACAAUUGCGUAUACAUGAGAUUGUGAGUGAGGUGUACACAUUAAGUUCAGAUUCAUGGAAGAAGGUUGUAAUCUCAUUGACAAUCGGGAUUUUCUUCUGGCAUCAGAAUAAUUAUUUGCCAGCCCCAUUGGUUAGUGGAGCUUUGCACUGGGUGGCACAAAAUCGCGGGGUUGGUGGUAGAGUGAUUUUGUCGUUUGACGUCAAUAGUGAGACAUUAAGAAAACUAGCACUGCCCAAAUAUUCUACCCAUGCCAGUCCCUGGAUUGGAUUAUUCAAGGGGAAACUGGCUUUAUCUACCUGGGAGUAUAAUUAUGGAAAUUCUGACUUCCGGUACUGCAUAUGGAUGAUGGAGGAAUAUGGUGUGGUUGAGUCUUGGAAUAAGCUUUUUGUUAUUGGAUCAUUUAAACAGAACAUUCAUUGGAGUGCCUUUACCAUGUAUGGUUCACUUAUACUCUGCUUCGUCAAUCAUCGAGUAGAGAGGACGGGAUUUGAGUUUGUAUUAAUUGACACUGAAACUCUGCAUGAGAAGAAGGAUCCUGAUAUCAGAUAUCCUUCAUAUGUAGCUACUUUCAAGGAGAGCCUUCUUUUACUAGAUGGAGCAAAUGUGGUUUCCUACUAAACAGAUGGUGCUGUGCAUAUAAGAAUGAAGUCAUUAGUGAAUAAUUGGCAGAGAGGUGCAAAAAGGAAGAAUGAGAUGGCUUAGGGCUGGCAUUCUGGGUUGAAAGGUGAAUUGCUGCCUAUAUAUUUAGGUUGUAUUACCAAUAAGGUUCUUGAAUAAAUAUCAGGCAGUGUGGAAGGCUGUUAACAAGUAUAUGGUCGAAUUUUUGGGAUGCAAAUGUAGCUUCUUUGCCU